UGAAAAGUUACGAGUUUUAGAAAUCCAGAGGCUAAGCCGCUGGUUUUAGGUGGUCAAAAUAGAUGCAGCCCACAGUAAGUAGGAUAGACUUUCCAUCUAGUUCCCCUUCCUUGUUGGUGACCCCAAGUCCACGCGACACUAUAUAUACUAGGCGCACAUAGAAUUCCAAUGUAACAGUAAAAAGCAAGAAGAUAGCCUGUUUCUCUGUCUGUUGGUUGCCGAUCAUCUCAUUCUCAUUAGAGCAACAAAGCUAGACAAGGAGAUCUUUAUUUCUGAUGGGGCGUUGGGUUAGGCCUGAGGUGUACCCUCUAAUGGCUGCAAUGACGUUUGUGACAAGCUUGUGUGCAUUUCAGCUUACAAGGAACGUGUUCCUCAACCCGGAUGUCAGAAUCGACAAAGCUAAGCGUGGAAUGGGAGUGCUGGAAAACAAAGAAGAGGGAGAGAAGUAUGCAGAGCAUGGGCUGCGCAAGUUCCUCCGCACCCGCCCGCCUGAGAUCAUGCCUACCAUCAACCAAUUCUUCUCUCAAGACGAAUGAUAUAUCUACAAAUCUAUUCUAUUCUAUAUGACAUUUACUUGUAAAAAGUUUACUUGGGUUGGGAUUUGUAAUGUUAUGGGUUCUUUUGUUUUGCUUUGCUUUGGGCCAAUUUAAUUAUGUUUUGGUGAUAUUCUAUAGUUAUGUUUAUCAACUAUCCUUUAAAGUUAA